GUUUCAGGGGCGUAAGGCAAAUUUUAAAAAUAAACUUAUUUACAACUAUAAUGAAAACAAUUUUGUAAUAUGAUAUAUCGUUUUCACCAAAUACACAAAUCUAACCCUGUAAAAGAAUAAGUUUAUGUAUAUUAGUCUAUUAUGUGGAAAGGGUUUUUUAAAAAUAAGCCUAAACCAUAAGAUUAUAAAUUUAUUUUAAAUUUUAGGGCCCUAAAAAAAUUCAUAUUAAUCGGGGGCCUAAGACGAAUGCCUUUUUCAAUACACUGUAGGCACGCCUCUAGAACUAUAUGAAUCCAAAACUAUAUGAAACUAAGUACUUUAGGAAAAACUAUCGUGCCCUUAAUGUUAAGAAUGUGAAUAAUUACUCUAAUUUUUCAAGAGACGUGCAAGAAACUAUCUCUGCUGCAGAAUCUGUAAAUAUAUGCAAUUCGUAUUAAAAUUGAAAGUCUAAAGAUAGAUAUUUCAGGUGUACUCGAUAAGAAUGUACAUAAUGAGAAAAAAGUACAGAGAAGAUAACGGGAAAGCAAUAAAAUGUGUACCUUUGUGAUCAAAAACGAAAAAGAGAAAAAGAUGAUGGCGAAAAUAGUGGGAGAUCGGUGUCUUCGUGAUGAAUUAAAGUAGAAAUGUGUGUAGUGUACGUAACUUUUCUUAUCAUACUAUCUUUUCCUUCCUCAAAUAUAACACGUAACAGGGAUGUAUUUAAUGCAUGCAUAAUAAACGAACGUAAAAUGAUGGCUAAUUUAACAGAUAAUUUGCUCAGUACUAGUUUCGAAAUCAUGUUUGUAUUGAGUCAUGACCGGUUUGUAGAUUAUUUGAGAGAUGAAUAAUUGUUAUUUUAUUUAUUUUAGUAAUAAAUCAUAAAUUUUAACAUUAAAGUAACAGUUGUAUUCAUUUCAGAAAGAUAAAAGUUGUUAUUUUUAUAAAUCAAAAAGAGUAGGAUGUUGAAUAUCAAAACCAUUAUUGAUAUAUAGUAUGAGAGAUUUCUAUCUCAUUCUUCUCACUUUUUUACCUUUGUUAAUUUAGUUUUAAUAAUUUAAUUGUGAGAUAUUCCUUUAGAUAUCUAUGGAUGUCUUAACUAAUUAUCAGAGUCUGUCGAUGAUAAGUGAAAGGCCAUGAAAAGCUUCUGUACAAUACUGAAUGAAUCAAGCCAAAAAUAUAUGAUCUUUCUCGAAACCAAUGGAUUUUUCUGACAUGAUCAUACAAUAAUGUUUUUCUUUUUUGUAUUUUAUUUGCUUAUAUCAGCGCACCGAUUCAUAUUUAUCUUAUUAUAUGGAUUGAUAAAUAUUUACCGAUACUCUUUAAUAAAGUAAAACCAAGACAUGAAACAAAGCUGGAUAAAAGAAAAAAACGGACAUGCUUGUCUUUGUUGAACACACAGAUUUUGUUACACAAGUGGUGCCAAGCUAAUUAAGAUCCAUGAUUUAAAAAUAAGUAAAAGUUUUAAAAAUGUUAUCUUUGUGUUUGGUAGGGCCAUUAAAGCUCCAAUUAUUUGUCACUAAGUCAGGAAAGAAGACUAACCACAAAGAUGCCACUGCAUAAAUAACCUUAUGGACCACCCCAAAGUUGUAAAAAAACAUUAGUGAAAUACAAUCAGAAGGAAAGAAAUCUACACCUUUCUGUUAAAGAAGAAAUCUACAUCUUUGUUCCACCUAUGGCUAUAUGAACCUAAUUUAUAGGGAAAAAGACAUUGAUUCUUUUGCAUACCCACGAGCAUGCAUCUACACAAAAGGCGUGCAUUUCGAAUAGGCAUUUCGAAUAGGCAUGGGCAAGGAGCAGAUACCGGAAAAUUCGUAGUAUGCUCCGUUUUAGACGAAUAUCUACAUUUAUGAUGUUUCGAUCCGAACAAUUUCAAAUAUCCGGGCUUCUGGAUAUCUAGAUUUUUUUAAAAUAUUCACGGAUUAUUCAAUUUGAUCCGCCAAUUAUAUUAAAAAGAAAAAAUAAUAUAUAACAUUAAAAUUAAAUAAAAACUUUUAGAAUAUUAAUUUAAAAUAAAUAAAAAAUAAUAUCAUACUAGCAAACUAUCAUUUUUAACAAUUGUAAGAACAUUUCAAUAUUAACAAGUCUAAUAAGAAAAUUUAUAUGUUAACAUUUGACACAAUAUUAAAAUUAAAUUGGAUAUGUAAUAACCAAAUUUUUUUUUGAAAAACAACUUAAAACAAAAAAAAAACAAAUUAUAUCAUAAAAUAUGUAUAGAUAUAAUAGUUUGUAGAGUAACUUAGCCCAAAAUACUAAAAGAAAGCACAAAAAUACGGAUAAGCUCUUUUGGAAAAAAAUGAUUAUGCACAUUUCAUAAACGAAUGAGUGAUUCGAUAGGGGUAUUGGAGUCUUUAUAAAUUAUGCACCGUUCAUAACAGUGGGAAAUAGUAUUUUUCUAAAUUGGCGAUAAGUUGUGUGUAUAGAAUGCAAUUUCAGUAGUUUGUAUAUACAAUUGCAUUAUAUAUCUAUAAAUAUACAGAUCUGAUCGGAUAUCCGACUUUCUAAAAAUAAUAUUUGUGAUUUGCUUUGUUUUUUACGGAUAUCACAUUUUGAUAUUUGCUUUGAUUAGGAACUUAAUAGAUAUCCUGAAUUUUUGAAUCGAAUCAAAACGAAUAACAGAUCAGUUCAAAUUUACCAGAUAAUUUUCUCAGCCCUAGUUUCGGAAAUCAUCUUUGUAUUGAGUCCUGACCGGUUUGUAGAUGAUUUGAGAGAUGAAUAAUUGUUAUUUUAUUUAUUUAGUAAUUAAAUUAUAAAUUUGAACAUUAAAGUAACAAAUGAAAAUGACAGAAUAAAGUUAGUUUAUUUCACGAAUAUAAAAUUUUUUAAAAAAAUUAUUCAUUUCAGAAAGAUAAAAGCUUUUAAUUUUUUUGUUAUUAAAUCUAAAGUAAUUAAAAUCUGUAAAAAUUUCAAAACUUUUACUAUUAUUUUGGUGAAACGGAGAAAAUAUUUAUAUAUGAUCCCUAAAACAUAAUCCACUUUCUAAAUUCCCAAUUCUAGAAUUCAGAAACGAUGCAAUAAAUGCACAAACAGACCGAAUAAUUAACUGACCGAGCAACGUGUCGAUUCCGGAGAGUAUGGAACUCUACAAGAGUUUCCGGUUAAUGACAUCAUGUCGUGCGUACUUCAGCGCACGAUAAGGUCACCCUUCAGCUUUGCGAAAGACUCAUCUUCUUUUACUUUUCCCCAGUGUUUUGUCGUUAAACGUUACAUUGCUUUACAGAUUAACUAAUGUUAUUUCUUUAAAUAAAUUGAUUAUUAUCUUGGUUACUAUUAUUCUAUAGCUGAUGGACAUAAAUAAAGGAAAGAGAAAAGGCCAAGAAAGAAAAAAAAAAAAUCCUUUUUAUCAUCUCUUCCCAUGAUGGAAACGCUUGACCUCUAAGUUUUUUUUUCUUUACUGCAAGUGUCCAAAGGAACUCCAAGAACUUUUCCUUCCUUUAGAUUUUUUCUGUUGUCGGUCUGAAACAAUAUCUCUAUUUGAUCGAUAGAUUACUCAGAAAUGCACUUCAAAGGUUUGUGUCAGUGACUAAUGUAAGUUUGGUGCAAGCUAUUGGAUCUACAAGUGAAGAGAAUAUAGAGAUGAUGAGUUCUACUUCUCCAACACAACUUGCAUCUUUAAGAGACAUGGGAAUCUAUGAACCGUUUCAACAAAUGGUUUCUUGGGGGAAUGUUUUCAAAUCUGAUAUCAAUGAUCAUAGUCCUAACACUGCUUCUUCCUCUGUUAUUCAAGUGGAUCACAACAUCAUCAAGGCGAGUUACCCUUCUUCUUCUCAUAACCAGAUCGAAGCAGAACCUUCUAGUAAUGAUCAUCAGGAGGAGGAUGAUGAUGGCAGGAAUCAUGAUAAGAUGAAACGGCGUUUAGCUCAGAACCGAGAAGCUGCUCGCAAAAGUCGCUUGAGAAAGAAGGCUUAUGUUCAACAGUUAGAAGAAAGUCGGUUAAAGUUAUCGCAGUUAGAGCAAGAACUCGAAAAGGCUAAGCAGCAGGUGAGCAAGGGAAUUUACUCGUCAGGUUCGAGCUAUGUAGGAUCAUCAGGGAGCAUUAACUCUAGUAUUGCUGCAUUUGAGCUGGAAUAUUCACAUUGGCUUGAAGAACAAAGCAGGAGGGUUAGCGAAAUCCGAACUGCGCUUCAAGCUCAUAUAAGCGACAUAGAACUCAAGAUGCUUGUAGAGAGCUGCUUGAACCAUUACGCAAACCUCUUCAGAAUGAAAGCUGAUGCAGCCAAAGCUGAUGUUUUCUACUUGAUAUCGGGAAUGUGGAGAACUUCCACAGAAAGAUUCUUCCAAUGGAUAGGAGGUUUCCGUCCAUCAGGUCUUUUAAAUGUUGUGAUGCCGUAUCUUCAGCCAUUAACUGAUCAGCAAAUCUUGGAAGUGAGAAACCUCCAACAAUCAUCACAACAAGCAGAGGAUGCUCUCUCUCAAGGGAUAGAUAAACUUCAGCAGAGUUUAGCUGACAACAUAGUGAUUGAUGUGGUUAUGGAUUCCAAUGAUUACCCAUCUCACAUGGGUGCAGCUGUUGAGAAUCUUCAAGCAUUAGAAGGAUUUGUGAAUCAAGCGGAUCAUUUAAGGCAACAAACAUUGCAGCAAAUGGCAAAGAUCUUGACGACAAGACAAGCAGCUCGCGGUUUGCUUUGUCUGGGAGAGUAUCUUCAUAGGCUGCGUGCUCUUAGCUCUCUAUGGGCAGCUCGUCCACGAGAACACGCCUAAAAGGAAAACAUGAAACACACCUUUAAAGCUUUGAAUAUUUUAAGUAGAACGUCAUGAAGUAUCUCGCUCCAUAUAUUUUCAGACAAGAAGAUGUAAAUUUGAGUGGAAACUUUGUAAUAUAUAUUAGAUACCAAAAAUAAGUGUAUGCUCUUACUCGUUAGUGUAAUAUUAUUAUUUAUAUGUUUAAAAGCUGAGCAAUGUGAUAAUACAUGCUAAUA